AUGAAACCUUCUUUCUCAUCUGCACGUAUAACAGUUGAUGAAGAUAAUGGACGACCAAGUUUUAAUGAUGAUGGAGAUGUAGUACUAUGUACACUUCCUUCUAAUAUCAAGAAACAUCAUUCUGUCGAUAUUGUCAAGAUCAAGUCACUAUCAUCCUCAUCGUUGCAUGUAUUAUUUCAAGGUGCUUCUCAAGCUAUUUUAGCAGGUGUUGUCGUCUCUAUUGUACUAUGCCCAGUCAUGAUUGGUUUCGCUACGAUGAUCUUUAGUCAUCCGGACUUUAUACUGGUCCUCCCUAUGCUUACUAAACUCAUGUUUGUAUCUAGUAUAGUUCACCAGAUUGUUAUUACAAGUCUAUCUCCUUUACCAUUUGCCAUUGGACAAGUCCAGGAUACAGGAAUGAUUUUCUUAGCCAGCAUGGCCUCAUCCAUUAUGACAGAAUUGGGACCCGCUGUCCCGCUUGCAGAGAGGAUCUCGACUGUUCUCGUUCAUUUGAGUCUUAGCACGAUGCUUGUCGGGCUUGGGCUAGUGCUUACGGGCAAAGCGCGCUUGGCUUCGCUCGUUCAGUACCUCCCGACGCCAGUGAUCGGCGGGUACUUGGCUUUUGUCGGUUUUUUUAUGAUCAAAGGAGGAAUCUCACUUACUACUGGCGUGAGUCUUGCAUCUGUCCAAGGUUGGAUGGUGCUUGCAAGCUCAUCUCAUAACUUGAUGCUGCUCGCACCAGGCUUAGCUGGCGGAGUCUUGUUGUCAGUACUGACCUCACGCUUUCGCCACUUUGCUGUAUUUCCCAGCUGUAUUUUAGUACUUCCUGCAUUUUUUUUCUUCAUGGUAUGGGCCUCGAGCUACACUCUUGACGAUGUACGCUACGCAGGCUUUCUUGAAGCCGAUGGCACAGGUGUCCCGGUGAUGGAUGUAUACUCGCUGUUUGAUUUUCACCAUAUUCACUGGGGUGUGAUGCCUGGACAGAUCCCCACAAUACUGAGCAUGUUCGUGAUGAUUGCAUUUGCGUCGUCACUAGAUAUUGCCUCCAUCUGCAUGGGGACUACCAGCAACAUGAACUACAAUACCCAGCUGCAGACCGUAGGCUGGUCCAAUUUCGUAAGUGGAAUGCUAGGCGGAUACCCGGGAUCGUACAUUUUCAGCCAGACUUUGUUUGCUUCGCGGCUCCGCCCAAGCGCAGAAGCUGAGUCACGUUUUCCAGGUCUUACGAGGCUAGUUGGAAUUACUCUCGCUUUAUGCGAGUUCAUUAUCGUUGUCACUCCCAUCUCGUUGAUGGCAGUUGUACCAAAAUUCUUGUUUGGGGCGGUGAUGAUAUUUAUUGGUAUCGACUUGCUCAAGACGUGGCUAGUAGGAGUUUUCCACAAGCUCCUCUUCGGCGAAUACUUGACGGUUGUUGGCACCUUUUGUUGUCUGAACAUGCUUGGAGUUCAGUUGGGAUUGGCCGCGGGAGUUGCGCUGGCAGCAAUAAGCUUUCUAGUGGAAUAUGCCAAGGCCCAAGACGUUCGAAUCGUGCACAAAACUAGCAACGUUAUCCGCAAUGCUGAUCAGCAUGCGUUGCUCUAUGGCGUGAGCUCGAAAGCGAUGGGCGAUGAAAGUAGUAGCUCGCGACAUCAGGAUGCAAUCGUCACUAUUAGGCUGCAAGGCCAUAUCUUCUUUGGAUCAGCAACGCGCAUUCAAAAUUGCGUCAAAAGUGCAGUUUACGUUUGUUCGUCACUGCAUGGAGAUAGCGACAAAAGUGCUAAAGCUACUGAUGGAAAUUGUUUGGGAGUCAACGUGCAGUCAGAGAAACUUCCACUUCUUGCAAUCAAACGAGAAACAUGCACGUACGAAACCCACUUCACGAUGCCGCCUGCUUUAGUGAAUCUACACGGGCAGGUGUGUGCUGACCAUCAUCGGCGACCUACACGGUUCGUUGUUCUGGAUUUUUCCCAAGUAAGUGGGAUGGAUGCUACGGCAGCGCGUUCAUGCUUCUUGGCGCUCAAGCUUUCAUUCAGCCUUGGUAAGAUCCGCGUAGUCUACUGCGGCAUGAUACCUAGUGUCGAGUUUCUAUUGCGAGCGAACGACGUGAUUCCCACGUCGACUCAGGAGGAGGAUUUUUCUAACAACGAGACAAACUCAAGGGAGAGUCAUGUCACAACUGACUUAGACCUAGCUCUAGCUUGGUGCGAGCAACAACUCAUCUUUUCCGCAGCAACACAACAAUCCACUUGUUUAGGACAACAGCUGGAGUUCUCACCACAGAUUCCUUCUGCUCUAGUUCUUCCAUCAGUAUUUGCUGCUUAUUUGUCGGACACACGAAAGAAUGACCCUGCAGUAUUGAACCACUUGGAAGAGCUAUCUCAGCGGUUUGCUGUGAGUGAAUGGGACGAUCAGAAUUAUAUAUUCCAGGUUGGUGAAAGUUCCAACAUGUGGUUUGUGCUGUUGCGAGGAACAGUCGAGUUGAUGGCGAUUCAAACAGACGCAGCCUUACUGUCCGACUCGCCAAAGUUAGAGUAUGCCGGACCCAUCCAGUUACAAGACUCGUCAACAAAGCUCGAGGAGACUCAACAUAUCACAGAGAUGGAGAUCGUGGGCCGAGUUCGGCCAGGUUGUAUUUUCGGCGAUAUGGAUUUCUUGCUGGAGCAGCCACGGGUAUUAAACGCAAUAUCUACAGCACCAGACACGCUCGUAGCAUCGUUCACAGUGGAAGAGAUGGCCGAGCUGCGUAAAAGCCGACCUGAGUUGGCUUUACUACUUCAUGAGAUUCUCUUAAGAGCCUCGUACAUGACUGUCGCGGAGAAGAUCCAUUCUCUCGCGAUUUAA